AUGAGUGAUUUUGAAACAUUAGAAAAUGAUUUAGGGAAUAAAUACUGCAAUUUUAAAGAAAUUGGUUUUGGUUCUUAUGCUACAGUGUUUCAUGCAGAAUGUCUAACCACAAAGAAAAAUGUUGCAAUAAAAGUAUUUUUUUAUAAUUACAAUAGAUGUUCAGUAAAUAAGGAAUAUAAGUACAAAUUCUCUUCUAUCUAAAUUAAGAAAUAGAAAUAUUGAAAAGAUGCAAUCAUGAAAACAUCAUAAAAUUUUAUGAAAAAUAUGAAACUUAGAAUACUGUUUAUAUUGUGUUAGAAGAAUGCAAGAAGGAUCUUGGAGCAAUAUUUGAAGAAUAUUUUGAUUAUAAAAUGCCAGAAAAGUAUGUGAUAUUUAUUAUCCUUUAAUUGAUUGAAGGUUUUAAAUAACUUCACUUAUAAUUUAUAAUUCAUAGAGACAUAAAACUAGAAAAUAUAAUGGUGUAGAUGUCUGAUUAUUAAUUGGAAUAAUUAAAACAAAGAUAAUUUGAUGUUUUAUAUUCAGCAAAAUUUAAGAUUGCAGAUAUGGGAUUAUCUAAGUAACUUGUUAGUUAAACAGAUUUAACAUAAACUUAUGCAGGUUCACCAAUGACUAUGGGUAUUAUAUGAUUUACAGCUAGCUCCUGAAAUCUUAGAAAAUAAAUCAUAUGGAAGACAAGCAGAUAUUUUCUCUUUAGGAGUUAUCAUGUUUUAAAUGCUUUUUGGUAGAUUUCCAUUUAAAAAUUAAAAGGAUCACAUAAGUGAAAUUCAGAAUCAAAUAAUAUCAUUUUAAGAUACAUAGAUUCAAAUUUCAGAUUCAAUGAAGCUCAUCAUUUAAUCAAUGAUUAAAUAUAAUCCUAAUUAAAGACUAUAACUUAAUGAAUUAAAAUAAGAAUUGACUAAUUUGUUGAAAGAAAGUAAAAUCAUUUUUGAAUUUGAUGAUGAUUAAGAUCUAGAAAAUUAAUUUCAAUUAGAUUAAGAAUAACAAAUAAAAAAAGACAUCGAAAAUUAUGAAGUUUAAUAAUAAUAAGAAAAUGAUGAAUAAUUUGAAAUAUUAACAAUAGAUAAAUAUAAUGAUGAUAAAAUUAUUGAAUAAUUUUAAAAUAAAAGAAAAUAAUAUCUAUUAUUGUCUAAAGCAUAUUAAUAGAUUUAUGAAUAAGAUAUUGUUGAUUAAUUUUUCAAUUAUGAUUAAUAUUAGGAAUGUGCUUAAUAAUUGUAUUAGCAUUUGAAAUCAUAAUUAAAUGAAGAUUAAUACUAAAAUAUACAAGCAUGUAUAUAUUUAAAAGAAUUAAUUUUAAAUGAAGAUUAUCGUUUAUUUAGUUCAUAAGAAAUAGUUAAAGAAUACAAAUAAGAAUCACUUUUUGGCUUAAUAAAAUAAUCAAUAUUUGGAGCUCCUUAAAAAUAAUCAUUUGAGAAUUAAUUAAAUGAAGUAAGGAAAUUAAAUUUGUAAUUAAUAGAGAAUUUAAGAGUUGAUAUUUAAAAUCAAAAAUAAUAAUAUUUAUUAAUUACUUUAGUUCAAUUAGAAAUGUUUUUUAAGAAUCAAACAUAAGAGUAUUAAAAAUUAGAUUAUAAUUUGUUUAAUUUAGAUUAAGAUAGUUUAGAUUAAGAUCCUAAAUAAUUGUCAAAUAUUUUAGAUUAAAUAUUUACUAAUAUUCUAACUUGA